AUGUUCUUCUUAGGUUCCAAAUUGGCUUGCCUCGUGGCAGCAGCUCAUGCAGCUGCGACCGUCACCUACAGUGUGCCCGCCAAGGUGAACACGGGUGGUCUGUCGUAUGCCCCUCUCGAAGCAGCCCCAGUCGGUCUAUCCUUCGAGUUCUUUGCCUUCCCGGCGUACUUCAAAAAUGUAACGGCAACGAACCAGUGCCUCGCCAACCUCAAGGCUUUGACAGGCACCUGGCCCCCGAUCCGCAUCGGCGGCACCACGCAAGACAGGGCGACUUACGAUGCGGCGACGUCAGCGUACGUGGUCUACUCGGUCGCCAAUGCCGCCGACGCACCCGCGUCGCUGACCUUUGGACCCAACUUUAUGAAGCUGGCUGCGACCUACGCCGGCAAUGUCACCCUCGGUCUGAACAGGGGGAAGAACAACAUUAAUAACACCAUUGCGGCGGCCAAAGUUGCCGUGCAGGAGAUGGGCAACCUCUUUGCCAUUGAGCUUGGGAACGAGCCCGAGUAUUGGUCGGGUGUGCAACCCAUCGCCGCGGGAGGAUGGAAUCCCGCCCGGGAUGCUGCGUCCCAAAAUCAAUGGGAUAUUAUCGUCGGCAAUGCCAUCGGCAAGAAGCAGAUCAUCCAGGCCGGCAACUCCAACUCUCAUCCUCCCGAGUGGGGAGCCGAGGAGCUGAUCGCAAGCGGUAAUGCGACGGUCAGAGAGUAUGUUCAGACGUACGCACACCACAACUAUCCCGGAGGGUCGGUGACAGGUUUGAUGUCCCAUGCGAAUAUCGCAAGCAAUAUCCAUUUGUUCGACAAAGACAUUGCCAGUGCCCUUGCAGUCAACAAGCCGUAUGUCUUUGGAGAGACAAACUCUGUCUCGGGAGGCGGCGCAUUCAGCGUAUCCCCAACUUUCGGGGCGGCUCUCUGGGUUAUGGACUACGCAGUACGCGCUGCAACGUCCAAAGUCAGCAGGGCCUAUUUCCACCACGGCACAAUUGGCAACAACCCCUACUCCUUCUUCGGCCGCUACUCCAUGGGCAACCCGUACGUCGGAGCUUACGCAGCAACGGCGUUCAUGGCUAGCGCCCAGCACGUAGCAGCCCUCGACGACGGGAAAUCCGCGUUCGCCGCCUACGUCACCUACGAUGCCGCCGGCGCACCACUGCGCGCCUUACUGUACAACUCCAACUACUACAACGGCACGGGGACCAGGGAUCCCGAGUCAUUUGUGCUCAGCGGGCUGACUGCGGCCCGCGUUCAGAGCAAGCGUGUGACUGCGGCCAGCGCGCUGGCGAGGCAAGAUCGCGGCAGCAAGGCAUCCUUUGGACAGCAGUACUUCAAUGACGGCACAUGCACAAUUGGGGGCACAGAGACCUUUGAGACGACGAUGGUCUCGGGUGGGCAGGCGACUUUCAGCGUCGCGGCCAGCGAAGCCCUCCUGGUCUACCUGCAAUAA